UUUGACUGGUUUGUACGAUUUACACGGUCGUGAGUCGGUCUGUUGUUUAUUGUAUUGUUUACGAUUGUUAGAAAGUCAACUGUAAGUUAGCAAGCAUUACAUACGUUAUUUGCAUAUUUUUAUUCCUUACGUCUUAUAUAUCUAGUACUAUUAAAAAAGUCGUAGCUUUUAAGUCGAAUACGAACAAUCGUUUCAGUUUUGAACUGCGUAUGUAUAUACAUACUUUUAUGUUUGGAAAUCGAAUAGGGAAGCUCACAACAGGCAUCUUUAAAUCGUGAAGAGGAUUAGAAAAUUACUGUAAUAAAACAGCAUGGGACGUAGAAAGAGUAAAAGAAAACCUCCGCCUAAAAGGAAAGCAAUUGAACCUUUAGAUAUCCAAUUCAAUUGUCCUUUUUGCAACCAUGAAAAGUCGUGUGAAGUUAAAAUGGACAAAGGGAGAAAUUCAGCAAGGAUAACAUGUCGUGUAUGCUUGGAAGAUUUUCAAACUACGAUAAAUUUUUUAUCAGAGCCGAUUGAUGUUUACAAUGACUGGAUAGACGCUUGUGAGACUGCGAAUUAAACCUUUAAAAAGGUUUUAUCUACUUACAGUGCACAUCGGGAAAAACAUUUGGUGUUUUACAGUAGGUUUAUUUUGUAAAAACUGUUAAUAUACCUUGUGCUUAUUUAGACAAUUGUAUAAAAAGAGCUGUAAUUUUUUUUUUCGAAUUUAUUACAUUUUUUAGUGUGUGUUAAUAUCUAUAUUGUACCUUUAUGUGAAAUAAAUUUAUUGAUUUUU